AGUCAUCGAGACAAAAAAAAACCAACUUUCUAAAAAUAUCUACACAUUCACGGCGGUUUUGUUAACUGGAACGCCAUAUAUUUCCUUUCUUCUCUAUCUCUUUCUAUCGGACUCCGGCCAUGGCUGUGGUUAUUGGAAACUUAGCUUUGUUACUGGACGUGACGUCAGUGAGGACAGUUAUAACAACAGACCGAAAGUCCCGUCCCUCGGCGGUCGACAUCGUUUUGAACUUACAGAAGAGAGAUCCUCAUUUCUCCCACGCUUCUCUAUCCAGCAAGAGCCAACACGAAUGCUGGGACGGGGAGAGUCGGUCACACCGAGCGGUGGCUCGUGGCAAAUCGAAGGCGGUGGAUUUCGACGCUGCGUCCAGUGACGACGAUGGGAACGGCAACGGAAACGGAAACGGAUUUGAGGAGGAAGAGGAGGAGUACAAUUGGGAGAAUGAAAUGAGAAAGAGAGUUAAAGAAAUUGAGGAGAUGAGGGAGCUGGAGAAGAAAGCCGAGGAGUUGCAGAAUAAAGCGGAAGCAGAGGAAAGUGAAGGCGAAGAUAGAGAAGAAACCGAGGAGGAGAAAAAGCUGAGAGUGAGAAAAGAGCUCGAAAAGGUGGCUCAGGAACAGGCGGAGAGGAGAGCAACGGCACAAUUGAUGUUCGAAUUGGGCCAAAAGGCUUACGGAAGAGGCAUGUACGGACGCGCCAUUGAGUUUCUCGAAGCCGCUCUGACCAUCAUUCCCAGGCUGACAUUAUUUGGCGGUGAGAUUCAGAUAUGGCUGGCAAUGGCUUACGAGGCGAAUAACCGCCACGCGGACUGCAUUGCUCUGUACCAGCAAUUGGAGAAGAAGCAUCCUAGUGUGAGCAUUCGACGGCAAGCUGCCGAGCUCCGAUACAUUUUGCAAGCACCCAAACUGAAGAUUUCACAAGAAGAGAUGGUUACUAUACCGCUGAUUGGUUCUAGUUACGACAGCUAUGCAGCAACAUGGACUGAUAAGAACAAGGACAAGGAUCAAAAGGCAAUCGGAUUGACGACCAAUGAGCUUCCGUGGUCCAAAGACUUUCUGGGUGAUUUUCUGGUGUGGCGGCCUCCGGCCGGACUGGAGAAGAACAGGGCGUUUUGGAUCGCUUUGACAGUAUGGUUUGGCUUGGUGGGAGCGGCAGUUUUUCUACAGAAAUGAACCAUACCUCCAA